GGAACCAGCAGCUGCUCCACAACACGACGAGGAACAGUGCUAUCAGCAGUCAGUUGCCAGCCAGUCAACCGUCAGCAUCUUUUCCACAGCCCAACACUAGCAUGGCCUCAAUGCAAUUGCUGCUCUGCUGUGCCACAACCCUAUUGAUUGCUAACGCUUUGGAGCUGACGCCACAGCUGUUGAGCACCGCUAACAAUGAGCCGGCAAGUGGUAAGGCUAAAAUUCAGUAUACGCCAUUUCCGCUGCUCGACGAUGACAUUGAUGUGGACGCAGUCGAGUUGCCGCUAGAAGUCGACCAGGAACAGGAUGAAAAUGUUGUCGAGCAGUUUCCGCUGCCCACACGCGCUCAGCACUCAAUGCCGCCAGCCUGGCUGCAGUUCGUCGAAGAGCCCGUCCAGAAGCCAUCCAAGCUGGCCAACAAUAAAAAGGUGUUUAAGCAGCAGCACAAGCAUCCACAUGGACAUGGUAGUGGCAGUGGACAUGGUGUAUGCACCAUUGAGAUAACCACCAAGGUGCCAGGCAUUUGUCAGCCCAUGAGCAUGGGUGUCGGCAGUGCCUGCAUAUCGGGUGAACUAAUGGAGGUCUACAGUGCCUCACAUUGCUCCAAUUUCUAAACUCGGAGCAGCAGCAGUUCCCCUCUCUCUAUAGGUCUCUACAGGUCUCUUUCCAUACUUCUCUCUCUCUCUCUCUCUCUCUCUAUUUCUUUGUUUAGUGUCUAUGUAAAAGUGGGUUAAAUGGAGGAGUACGACUACCUGGUGCAAAUAACAAACAAUAACAGAAAAUUUGUAUAAAUAAAGUUUAUUUGAUAACAUUUACUAAAUACUCAUUCUAUAUUGAGAUCGAUCUCCAGAUGCUGUACAAGUUUUAGUUGCAUCUUUUAAUUUGGAGGAGUUUUUUCUUUAUAUACAAUUCACAUUUUAAUC